ACCAGCAGGGUGGAGGGGGCGCUGAGCACCUGCCACCCAGACUCCGCCAAAAGGAAAACCGGAUUGCUCCCCUCAGAGCCAGACCACUGAGUCCAAAAUGACCACCUUUCCUCCACUGCCCAUGGCGCGGACAAGACUUACCAUCUUAGCUAGACAGAAGCUGUCCUGCUCCAAAGGAACAAUUCCAAGGUCUCAAUUGAUCAAAGAGAAAGAUGACAUAGAUCAUUAUCUGGAGAAGAAUUUCAAAGGCUUAUCAAAAGAGGAGGUUGCGGCUUUCAGGAACUCAUACAAGAAGAGCAUCUGCGUGGACAUGCUUCGAGACGGCUACCACAAGUCCUUCACCGAGCUCUUCGGGCUGAUGGAGAAGUGGGAGUCCCUGAAGAAGGCGGCUAAUUUAAAGUCCAUCUUCUGGCUUCAGAAGCCUCUGGAGGAGCGGCCGGACACACUGGAUCAUUUCUACUACUACCUGACCAGGGCUGAGACUGCCGAGAGGGAAGGCUACCUGGAAGAUGUGUAUAAUAACCUGUACGCCCUGGCCUGUUACUUUAGUGAUCCUGCAGACAAGUGGGUGCGAAAUCACUUCUAUGAGCGAUGUUUCCAGAUGGCACAGCUCAUUAAGGUUGAUGGAGGGAAGAAGGAAGCUGAGUCGGAGGCACACAUGGGCCUUCUCUACGAGGAAGAGGGCGAGCUGCAGAAAGCUGCAGAGCAUUACGAAGCCUUCCAUCACCUGACGCAGGGCCGGAGGUGGACGGACCAGGACGGCCGCGCCCUCAACCUGCUGGCCUGCGAGAGGCUCCUGAGGAUCUACAGACAGCUGGCAGACAAGAUGGUGGAAAACGAAGAUUACAAACAGGCCAUCAAAAUCCUAAGAAAAGCUUCGGAAGUAGCCAAAGAAGGAAAUGACAGAACAAUGGAAGGUGAAGCAUCUUAUUACUUGGGCAUGGCACAUUUAUCUGCUGGAGACUAUGACACCGCACUAGCAGACCUGAACACCUACAGCCAAAUCUCUACCGAACAGGACGAUGAUCUCAGCCUUGGGAGAGCCUAUGAGGCAAUAGCCAAGGUCCUGCAGUGCAAAGGAGAGACGACAGAAGCGAUUAAAUACUUGGAAAAAGUUGUGAAAAUUGCUAGGAACAAUUUCCAAAGUCUCGAUGUUGUGAGAGCAAGUACCAUGCUUGGUGACAUCUAUAACGAAAAAGGAAAGUACAGCAAAGCUUCUAAAUUCUUCCAGCAAGCUUUUGACACAACAGUGGACCUCAGGAACAUGUCUUUGAUGGAUGAAACCAAAGUUCAUUACGGCAUUGCCAAAGCUCACCAGAUGAUGCUGGCGAUGAACAACUGCAUUGGCUCCGACAACGUCAGAGGCCUGGACUGUCUGCUGUCCUGGAAGGAGAGCCGAAGCCACCUGGAGCUGGACCCUGAGCAGGAGCUGGACCCCGAGAAGGAGCUGGACCCCAAGCAGGGAGAAUCCAGAAGAUCCACAACAAGUAUGCCCCAAAGCUCAACAGAACAUACGGAAGAAGUAGCAAGUUUUCCAGACAAUCAAAACAAGACGGAGACUUAAAACAGCUUUGAUGUCACAUCAAAGCAAGAAAAGUUACCGUGUUACCAUGGAUUUCAUUCCUAUGCUAGGAGGAUGUUAGAAACAAUUUAUUAAAUAAGUUAUUUAAAGCGACUUUGAUUUCUAUUGGAUUUCGAUUUUUCUGCGUGCCUGUGCUGAUACUGGGCCUUGA